GGCCCUGGGGUCUGUUUGAGCUGGGCAGAACUCCAGUUCAGCCAAAGUAAGCAUGUAGGACAAGGCCUUUACACGGUGCGGUUCGGCGGUGGGUACCCACUGUGGCUAAGCCGUGCACACAGUUUACAUUAUGUAACAUCUUUGUUUAAGAUGCUUGUUUGUGAGCAGCCGCAAGAACUUGCAGAAGUUGAAGUGCUGCCUGAUUGGGAUUGCAGACGCCGAGUGCAGGAGCCACAGCCUAGCCGCUGAAUAAUAAUCCUGCAUUCUUUCUCUUGGAAAUGGGGAAAUGGGCUUAUUUUUCAAGGCGUCUCCGCCAAGCCAUCGUGAAGUGCAAGACAAAUGGCUAGAGAGGAUGGCACAAAUCCACUAGCAAACAAGGACCUCCUAGUGCUGGGGCCCAGCCGAGCCCAGCAGGUUGAAUUCUUUCACAGAUCAGCUCUGCAUUCUGUGACAUCUUGGUCUGUCAAGUACAAUUACUAUAAUCUUCCACAGCCUUUCAGAAUAAGGAACCCAGCUUAGAAGCCAGGCAUCUCCAGGAUGAAAGCUGCCUUUGUGCCUGGGCAGACCUUGUGUGCAAGUCGGACAUUAGGUAUACAAAAGUGAGUUCUUUACGUGGCAGGAGAAGUCAAAGGAAAACUUCGAUGCUCAUCUCCUUUAAGAUCCUGCUGAUUUUUGCCUGCGUUGCUCUGUGGAAUAAACUGGAGCUGUCAGGGUGCCAGGAGCUGUGUGUUUGCACAUUCCCUAGUGUUUAAUGCAGCCCAUGCCUCUCCACAGAUUGUGUGGACAACACCACAGAACGACACGGAGCCUGCGACUCCCUGCAAGCGCAAGCCAAGAGGACAAUUUGGAGGGACUGCCGGAGAUUUGGGGGAGGCUUCCUGGACAUUGAACUUGUACCAUGGGAGCAGCUCACGGGAAAAAGAAAGAAUAUUCUCUUCAGUCCACAUUUCCCAACGGAAGUGGGAAGCAUGUUGUCAACGGCUCAGCAUCUAUGUACUCAGAAAUACAGAGGGAGCGGCCUGAGGUUAGGAAUUUCAUGUCUCACCCAGACUACAUAGAUGGAAACCCAGAUCUCAUCAAACCUAAGAAGCUCCUAAAUCCUGUAAAAGCCUCGAAAAGCCACCAGGAGCUCCACAGAGAGCUGCUUAUGAACCACAAAAGAGGCUUGGGUGUGGAGAGCAAGCCUGAGCUCCAGCGAGUGCUUGAGCACCGACGGCGAAAUCAGCUGCUCAGGCAGAAAAAGGAAGAAGAAGAGGCAAAGAAAUUGCAAUCUCCAUUUGAACAAGAGCUCCUAAAGCGACAGCAGAGGAUGGAUCAGCUGGAGAGAGGACAAGAGAAGCAUGAAGAACGUGCACCAGAAUUUAUUAAAGUAAAAGAGAACUUGAGAAGAACAUCAACGUUAACUGGGGAAGAGAAAGUAGUGUAGCAUCUGCCAAAUCUAAAUGGAGGAUCAUAUCAAGCUGGCGCUAAUACCUACACACUGACAUCUUUGUAUGUGGUGGACAUUUACAGCCAUGUCCUUGGGGCUACUUACUGUUACUAAUGCUUGCUCCAGUAGAAAUGCAUAAAAGGGCUUUCCCAUCCAGGACAGGGUAUUUAAAUGGUAAAGGUGCGGUAUUUACCAGUAGAAGUACUCACAUGAGAAGAUGUGGAGGCAAAUGAUGUCAUUUUCCCCUCAGUUUGUGGGUCCAUGCUAACAUCUAUCCCUAUUAACUCUUGGUUAACCCCUUGAGAUACAGCAUAUGCACAAGACAGAGGCAUUUAUGGAGUGACAGGUUUGGGAGACCCUCCUAAGUAAUCAUCCCAGAUGAUCUCCGACAGUGUGGCUGCUGGUACUGAAAUCUACAGGACAGCAGCUGUAGCUUGGGAGGGCUUCCUGGAAACCUACAGGUGGCACCUUAAAGGGAUGAUCCUGCAUAUUGCUGGGAAUGGCCUCAGUGAUGCGCAGGGGCCAGAUGGGAGAGCUUUAGGGUGGCUGUAAGAUUUAAGCCUUAGAGAAGCUAUGUGUCCUUGCAGUACUCCCCUGUUUAGCUGCUUUGAGAACCUCAAGUCCCAUAUCUCCGUGUUACUGAGUCAGCCUUGCCAAACAGGAUGCUGGUAUUGGUCCUGAAAUUACACUGAAAAUCUGUUAACAAACUAGGACGUAGCUACAUAGCAGGUAGCGCAUUGGGCUGCACCACAGAGGCCACCUCGGGUUAAGGCUAAUGUUAGACACUUAAAGCAAAGACUGGGAGUUCUGAGCAUUAGUGUUAACCAAACUGCACCCUGCGCAGCCAGCUGGUCCCCUUGGACCAGAGCAGCUCAUACCGAGAGUCAGAGUAGCAGACUCGUUGACUCUUCUCUCCAGAUUGUUGGGCUUUGGGUCCCCUCCCACCCGCUAGACACCUGUUAUUUUAACAGCUCUGAAAAGCGUGUUCCUGGUGCAUUGCUUGAGAGCUCGCAUAGCUGGAGUGAAGGGGUCAGUAUAAAGCCCCUCAGACUAGCAGAGGCUCGACUUCGUGCUACAGCAUAGCUGGGACAUGCACCAGUUUUUGUGACUGAGGAGCAGAUGUGGACCACGGCAAAAUACAUGGUCAUGUUCCAUUAUUAUCCUCCUCCCCUGGAGGCCUGUUAAGGGGAGAGCGGCCACGCUCAUUUGCCACGAAUGCAGAGUAUCUUCUAGUGUUCAUGGUGGCAGCGCCCAGUGUGUGUUGCAUUGGAAGGUGGCACCUUUGCAGUCAGAACUCCCUCACUCCUAACCCAAACUUCAGCUCCCCCAUGGCUGAACUUUGGGGAAGUUCCAAUCUGGAGAAAAAUUCUCUGGCUCUAGGCUUCUUAUCACUCACUGUGUCCCCGAUAAAAUGUGAGAGCAAAAUAAGCUAUUGGCUGCCUUUGGAUACUGACUGUCUGAUCACAGCCAUCAGUGGACCUGGCCUGUGACAAAGGCAUCAGGUGAUUAAACAAUAUCCACUGUGUGAGCCCCAGCGGAUUCACAUGCAAAGUCAAUGAGCACUGGGGAUGCAUCACAUCUUUCUUAAAAAGUUAAAGCAACCCCCACAAACACAUUUUCUGGUCUCCCCAAGCUCUGCAAGUUCAAGAGACUUGCUUAUUCUGGCAGCUUGAGGAAAUAUCUGAACCCAGCAGCAAGUCAUGAGCAGUGACCCAGGUAUCUCCAGGUACUGUGGCAGUCUUACCAGACUCUGGAAGCCCUUAGCUGAAUCCAGUUAAUGAGAGCUCCAGGUCCCAGUUCUGUCUCUGUGGAGAUUAGCACCACCUCACCCAACGUGUUUAUUCUAAACAAGUGUUUCUUUCCAAAAGUUAGUGCCUCUGGUCAGCAUAGAGCCAAUUCAGUCUGAAAUCAGCUACUCCAUCCUUUCCGCUAAAUGCAGCUUUUCGCUUAGCUUGUUGGGCAAUCAGUGUGGAAAAAGCAGUGUUGUGGUUUUUUUUAAAGAGAAAUUUCUCACUGACACAAAAGGGGAGCAAUUGGGAACAUUGUACAUAUGGCUGUGAAGAAAACUGUGUUACACCCACUAAGUAGCAUCAACUUAAAUAACAUUGUUAUUAGCCAAACCUAACUGAGCCAGGUUUCUGGUGGCUUUCCUCCCAGGGGUUACAGCACUGGUUAAGGUGUCUUAAUUAAACAUGGCCAAGAAAUGAAACAAACGAACAUCACUUCUCUAAAAGUGAAACUCGCCCCAGUGCAGACAGCCUGCACCAGUGAAGCUCCAGGCUAAUCGCUCACCGUAAGCAGAGCACAGGACCGUACAUCCGCUCCCUGCACUGCAAAAAGAGCUAAGCGCUUGCAUAAAGGAAAACCUGCAGUACUGGUAGCAACCAUGUCUUUUUAAUCCACAGCAUGAAAAUUACCCAGCAGGGCCUGAUUAAGCUAAGGGCCAAGAUCAAUAUGGGCGAGUCUGUAAAUCCCUGUCAGUGGACUGGCUGAGUAGGCUCAUGUUGGCGGAGACAUGUGUUGUGUCACAUUUUGACCAAGUGUCUAGGUUAUGGGUGAUGGUAAAGCAUGAAUGCAGCUUGGGAUUCAUUGAGGCUGCAGGGCAGGAAAAGGUUAGGUGUAUUCUAAAGGACGGGAGGGGGAAAAUCAUGCUAUUCUGAUUCAGGGUAAGUUCCUCAGUGACGCCAGAAGACGUGUGCCUGCCCGUGGAGAGACAAGGCCCAAACUACAGCUGAACCGAAAGUCACAGAGGGCAGAGCCACACAAGGGAGACGCCACGUGCCCCUGGGCACUGCACAGCCAGGCUCCACAGCAUCACACUCUGUGGUGGAGAUUGAGCCAUGCGGAGGGAGGCCAGCAGGGCCACACGCUGCCCAAAGCCACCAAUCUUGCCAUAAUCAAUCAGCCCAACCACUAGAGUAAUACUCGCAAAUCAGUUGCCUAGUUCCCUGCUCUCUGUUCCACAUGGUAGAAGAGGGUUCCCUCCUCUCUAGUCCUGGCAUUCAGCCCUCAACACAGGGUCGGAGAGAGGGUUCACCCUGAGCAAGGACUACAGGCUCUGGCUCUAAGGGGUUGCAUAUUUGAAAUGAUGCUGUGAGUAUUUAAGGGUUUACUAGGAAGUUUAAAACUGCAUCAUUUUCAAACACACAUAUCCUCAUCUGUGUUACCCGGCAACCGGUGAAGGUGUUAAAACUGAAAGAGUUUGAAAAGUCCUUUCACUGCAGAUACCAUUUGUAUUUCACCCACCACUCUGCUCGGCCUAGAAAAAUGCGGGAGACAAGUUUCUAGUCAGGUUCUGGUCCUGACCCUGGAGUCUGGCCAGACUGUUCAGGUUGUAAACACUGCGGGGAAUAUUUAAAUCCAAAGAAAAUAAAAACAGUUGUCACGGAAUUUUAAAGAAACUGAUCCGUGACAACAGUACUAUCAUUAUUACAUUACUAGGUUUUGUAAAACUUUUUUUUUUUGCCUUUUAAAUAAAAACCUAAAUGAUGGGCCUAGAUUUCCUGCUAGUAUCCCUUUCAAAUGCUUCCGCAAAUAAAUGUGAUUUACCCAAACAAGCAUAUUCCCAAUAUUACUGAAAAGACAACCUUUUGCAUUGUUUAUGCGAUAUGAUGCUCCACAUAGUAUACACACUGUAUGUGUGCACGUAUAUGCACUUAUAUAUUAUGCAAUUUUAUUCAAAUUAACUGUUGUUGCUCACAUUAUUUAAUGCACACAUUUCUGAAGAAAGAUGAUCAGCAAAUAGAUCAAGUGAUGAUUGUAUAUUUUGCUCUUUUCCACAAGGAACUGAAAAAGCUCCUGGAUGAAGGCAGACAAGAGCCAAAUAAAAUGAUUUCAAAUUACA